AUGCCGGCAACUCUCCGCAAGCAGCGGCAGCGCUGCCGCUGCUCGCGGAGAGGUCCGCGAAGCCUGGGCGCGCUGAUCUCAGCGCGCGCAGGCUCCGGCAUGCCGGCAACUCUCCGCAAGCAGCGGCAGCGCUGCCGCUGCUCGCGGAGAGGUCCGCGAAGCCUGGGCGCGCUGAUCUCAGCGCGCGCAGGCUUCGGCAUGCCGGCAGCUCUCCGCAAGCAGCGGCAGCGCUGCCGCUGCUCGCGGAGAGGUCCGCGAAGCCUGGGCGCGCUGAUCUCAGCGCGCGCAGGCUUCGGCAUGCCGGCAAAACUCCGCAAGCAGCCGCAGCGCGGCCGCUGCUCGCGGAGAGGUCCGCGAAGCCUGGGCGCGCUGAUCUCAGCGCGCGCAGGCUCGGCAUGCCGGCAGCUCUCCGCAAGCAGCGGCAGCGCUGCCGCUGCUCGCGGAGAGGUCCGCGAAGCCUGGGCGCGCUGA